AUCGGAGAUAUGGACUCGACUGGAUCGGUUUCUGCCGUCGAAGCCGCUCUGGACAGAUUGACGAAACAAAGGAGCGACUUGGAGGAGCUGUGGUCAGCGCGGAAAUUGCGAUUGGAUCUCUGCCUGCGAUUGCGGCUGUUCGAAAGGGAUGCGUUAGAGGUUUCGUCGCAGUUGGAGAUGUGGUCGGAGGAGCUGCAGCACAGCGAGCUGACGAGAGAUAUUUCCAAAGCCGAGCAGUUCCUCAGAUUGCACAACGAGUCUGUGAAUCAGAUGCAGAACACGACGUACCAGGUGCUGCAGCAGGGGCAGGAACUGGUGCAAGUGUUCGAGAAGUCCGGAAUCUGCGUGAUGGCGGACGCUCAAUACAAUGCUCAAACUAGGGUGCAAGUGCUUCUCGAAUUCUUGCACGAUCGUGAGAUGGACCUGGAGGAGUUGGCCGAGGUGAAGCGAGUGAAAUUAGAGCAGUGCAUACAGCUGGGACAGUUCCAGAACGAUGCGAAUCAGGUGAUCAGCUGGAUCAGGAACGGAGAGUCGAUGCUUCUGGCGAGCUUCUCCAUUCCGAACUCGUUGUCCGAUGCGGAGCUGCUCAAGAAGGAGCACGAGCAGUUUCAAGUGGCCAUCGAGAAGACACACACUUCUGCCGUUCAAGUUAAAUAUAGAGCAGACACAUUAAUAAACGGCAAUCAUUACGAUCCGCAGAGUAUAAAGGAUAUCUCCGAGGAGGUUACCAAACGCUGGCAGCAGAUGGUCACUUGCGCCGAGGAGCGGCACAAGCUCGUCACGGCCAGCCUGAACUUUUACAAAACCGCGGAGCAAGUGUGCUCCGUGUUGGACAGUCUGGAGAAGGAGUACAGACGCGACGAGGACUGGUGCGCGAGCGGAGCACAGGGCGUCGAUAAAGCGACAUCGAUAACGCAGCUGAUCAACAAGCACCAGGAACAAAAGGAAGCCUUCCUGAAGGCGUGCACACUCGCAAGGAGAACCUCGGAGACGUUCCUCAAGUACACCACGAGAAGCUUGAAGUUUUACAACUAUCCCAGCAGCACAGGGAACCAAGAGUCGCGCGUCAAAGCCAUCCUCGAGAAGCUGCUCAGUCAAGAGAACAAAGUCCUGGAGCACUGGACGCAGCGCAAGAAGCGCCUGGACCAGUGUCAGCAGUUCGUUCUCUUCGAGAAAUCCGCGAAGCAAGCGAUCGAAUGGAUCCACGAAACGGGCGAAUGCUAUCUGCGGACGCACGCCACCAAUCUCGGAAACAACAUCGAGGAAACGGAGAGUCUUCUGCGAGAGCACAACGAAUUCAAAGGGACGGCGAAAGAGACGAGGGAGCGCGUCAAGUUGCUCAUCCAGUUGGCGGAUAGCCUUGUAGAGAAAGGCCAUGCUCAUGCGAACUCCAUAAAGCAAUGGGUUGCAGCAGUCGACAACAGAUACAAGGACUUCAGCUCGAGGAUGGAGAACUACAGGCAGCAGCUCGAAGACACGCUUGGCAUUCAGGCGGAGGAGAGCGAGAAGAAGGAGCUUUCCAUCGACAGGAAAUCGGACCCAAGCCUCGAGACCAAAGUCAAAGAAGCCGCUUCCAAAGAGCUGAAGGAAUUGAACGAGGAGAAACGCAGAUCGGCGAGGAGGAAAGAAUUUAUUAUGGCGGAACUUUUGCAAACGGAACGUACGUACGUGAAGGAUUUGGAGACUUGCAUAAAAUCGUUCCUCGACGAGUUGAGAACGAACAGGUACGUGCCGCCGCCGCUGAUCGGAAAGGAGGACAUCAUUUUCGGUAACAUGGAGGAGAUAUACAAUUUUCACAAUAACACUUUCUUGAGAGAAUUGGAAAAGUACGAAACUAUGCCCGAGGAUGUGGGCCAUUGCUUCGUCACUUGGGCGCAGAAGUUCGACAUGUACGUGCACUACUGUAAAAAUAAGCCGGAAUCGAACAGUCUGCUCGUGCAGCACGGCGGAGGAUUCUUCGAGGAUCUCCAGAACAAACACAAAGUCGAGCACCCGAUUGCCGCCUAUCUCAUUAAACCGGUGCAGAGGAUUACCAAGUACCAAUUACUGCUCAAAGACUUGCAAUCGUGCUGCCAGGAGGGCCAAGGCGAAAUCAAAGACGGCUUGGAAGUUAUGCUGAACGUUCCAAAGAAAGCCAACGACGCUAUGCAUCUGUCACUGUUGGAGAGCUGCGACGUGUCCGUCGAUAAGUUGGGAGAGGUUAUUCUGCAGGACGCCUUCAGCGUCUGGGAUCCCAAACAGAUCAUAAGAAAGGGCAGAGACAGGCACAUAUUCUUAUUCGAACUCUAUCUGCUGUUCACCAAAGAAGUGAAAGACUCGACGGGAAAAGUCAAAUACGUGUACAAGAACAAAUUAAUGACUUCAGAGUUGGGGGUGACUGAACACAUGGAAGGAGACGAAUGCAAGUUUGCCGUGUGGACGGGUCGGGCUCCGAUCUCCGAUUACCGCAUUGUCUUGAGGGCUUCCUCCCUGGACACCAAACAACUUUGGGUCAAGAAGCUCAGAGAAGUUAUACAGGAAACCUAUUUCUCCGGAGCCCUGCCGCUAUCUCUGCCCAAGAGUCCGGCCAAACUGAAGCCGCACAGCCAGAGAUCCAGCAGAGAUAUGGAGGAAUGCAAUUCAUUAGAUGAGAGUGUGGAAAAUUUGGAUAGAAAUUCACUGACUUCCUUCGGAUCCGGUAACACCACAGAUUCCGACAAGGCCGGAGUUCUCGAGAUGACUUGGGUGAUGGCAGAUUUCACUGCGAGCAAUGCCCAAGAGCUGAGCGUCAGCAAGGGGCAGCAAGUCGAGGUCGUCGAAGUCUGCUCAUCCAGACCGGAUUACUGCUUGGUACGUAUGCCCACGAGAGGCACGGAUCACGACUCUUCCGCAGUACCGGAAGGUUUGGUACCCUUGGCUGUCCUCAAGCAACCACCGCAAACCAGAAGCUCACCAUCCAGAAGACCACUGUUGGACCACGAUCUCG